AUGCCGCUGGCAGAUGCCUAUGAAACUUUGGGACUGCGCCGCUCCUGCAGCGACGAGGAGAUCAAGCAAGCAUACAGAGCUCUGGCGCUCAAGAACCAUCCUGACAAGGUACAGGAUGAGACGAGAAGGCGCUUGGCAACCGUGCGCUUCCAGGAGAUUCAAGCUGCCUACGAGAUCAUCAUCGAGACUAGGACAAGGACCUUCUGUUUAGCUGCUGUUGCCCCUGCCAGCCGCACAGCACUCAUGGCCGCUUGUGAGCGAGGCGAUCUGGCCUUAGCCAGCAGCCUUCUGGCAGCUGCCGCAGACCUCAUGGCACAGGAUGCCACGGGGCGCUCUGCCAUUCUCUUCGCCGCCUCUGCAGCCAGCCUUCAGGUUCUGAGACUGCUGUUGGAGCAUGCCGCUGAUGUGAACAGCUCCAAUUGCGCUGGCCACACAUGCGUGAUGUAUGCUGUCGGGGCUGGCAUGCAGGACAGCUCCAAAGCUGCAGAGCGGUUGGACGUUGCGCGCCUGCUGCUGGAUGAAGGUGCUUCUGCCAACGGCGCCACUGGAUACGGCCUUUCUGCACUGAUGCUGGCCUCUGCUUCAGGACGCGUCGAGAUGAUUGAGCUGCUGGUCCAGCGAGCUGCCGAAAUCAACGCUUCAACGGACAUCGGCUUGACAGCUUUGACCAUGGCGGCUGACAAAGGGCACGUCGAUGCAGUCAAGCUUCUGCUGCGAAGCACUGCGAGCGCUGACCACCGGUACUCGAAUGACAAGACGGCCCUCAUGGGAGCCGCUGCUUUAGCGCACACGGCCGUGGUCCUUGCACUCCUUGAGGGCCGGGCAGACGUCAACGCACGCUCCGGCGAUGGCCAGUCUCCGCUUCUGUACGCUGUCGAGUCUGGGCUGAAGGAUGGCCUGGUUUGCCCUGUGGCGGGUGAGGUCCACAAGCCUGGGGCCGAGGCCACAACAAAGGCGCUGCUGCUCGCAGCUGCCGAUCCCAACAUCGCUGGCCCGAGGCAUCGAACUGCUUUGCACAUCAGUGUGGCCUGCGGCAGCGUAAAGCUAGCAUCCCUGCUCCUGUCGGCCCGAGCUUCCUUGGAUGCUCUGGACGAGGACGGUCGAUCUGCAAUGGACAUGGCCCGGCCCGGAUUCUUGGAUGCUGUGCAAGCUGCAUCCCCAGCCACAGGCAAGCAUUGGUUGCGAAGGCUAGGCGAGAUCUGCCAGGUUUGUGCUGGAGCGUCGUGCUUCGGCUGA